UGCACAACCCCUCUCUCUCUCCCUGGGGCUAUUUUUAGUUUUCCUGGAUGAAAAUUGUUUCUACAGGGCACUCACAUGCACAGGGGACUCGCACACACAUGCUAGAAAAACACCAAGCACAAACAGAAAAGGUACGCAAUUUCUCUUGCCUCAUGGCAGAGAAGGAUUUCUGGUUUCUCGUAACAAAAUGACCACAGGAAGUCAUUCAAGAUGGUGUAUAAAUUAUUCUACAUCAUGAGCCUUCAUCAUUUUCAAAUUUGACGGGUAUUUGCUGCAAAGAGAAAGAACUGUUUGCUGAGCUGCCUGUUAAACAACUUCUUCUUUCGGGUAGUUUCCUUCCAGGUUGCACGAUCUUCCUGUUUUUUUUCUUUCUUUGUUAAUCUGUUUCAAUUUGAUUUCCAUGCCGUCGGCUGUAAAUGUUGCAGUGGCUCAACAGACUGAGGCUGGGUCAGCUCCUGAUGCUACCGUUAAUACAACCACUGAAGCAGGUGGAGGUGCAGGGGGGAUCUACUCUGCUAUUAUCAGUCGAAACCAGCCCAUUAUUAAGGUACAGGAAAAAGCCUAUGCAGAACUCCACAAGAAAUGCCUGGAAAAGAAGAUUCUGUAUGAGGAUCCCGAUUUUCCACCUAAUGACAGCUCCCUCUUCUACAGCCAGAAGCUCCCCAUCAAGUUUGAGUGGAAAAGACCUCGAGAAAUCUGCGAGAAUCCACGCUUUAUACUUGGUGGAGCCAAUAGAACUGAUAUCUGUCAAGGAGAAUUAGGUGACUGCUGGUUCCUAGCUGCCAUUGCUUGCCUGACACUGAAUAAAAACCUACUUUGUAGAGUCAUACCUCAUGACCAGUCCUUCAUAGAAAACUAUGCUGGGAUAUUUCACUUCCAGUUCUGGCGCUAUGGAAACUGGGUGGACGUUGUCAUUGAUGAUUACUUACCGACAUAUAACAACCACCUGAUCUUCACCAAAUCCUCUCAACGCAAUGAAUUCUGGAGCGCUCUGCUGGAAAAGGCCUAUGCAAAACUCCAUGGGUCCUAUGAGGCUUUAAAAGGAGGCAACACCACAGAGGCCAUGGAGGAUUUCACAGGAGGAGUGACAGAGUUCUAUGAGAUAAAGGAUGCACCCAGAGACAUAUACAAAAUCAUGAAACAUGCUAUUGACAGGGGAUCGCUCAUGGCCAGCUCCAUUGAUGACCAUUUGGGUUUUUCCUAUGGGAGUGCGCCUCAAAGUGAUAUUGGGGAAUUAAUUGCUCGAAUGGUGAAGAAUUUGGAUAACGCACAGAUGACCCACUCUGAUGUAGACUACCAAGGCACAGAUGAAAGGCCAGCCUGGACCAUAAUGCCAAUGCAGUAUGAAACACGUCUGGCUUCUGGACUGGUCCAAGGUCAUGCCUAUUCAGUUACAGCAGUGGAAGAAACAGCAUUUAAAGAGGACAAGAUAAGGCUGGUGCGGCUAAGGAACCCAUGGGGACAGGUGGAAUGGAACGGACCCUGGAGUGACAAGUCAGAUGAAUGGAAUUUAAUUGACAAAUCAGAGAAAAUCCGACUGCAGCACAAGAUUGCAGAAGACGGGGAAUUCUGGAUGUCAUUUGCGGAUUUCAUGAGCUACUUCACAAAGCUUGAAAUCUGUAACCUCACACCUGAUACUCUGGUGUCUGAUAAGCUCCAAACUUGGACAGUUUCAGUCAAUGAAGGGCGCUGGGUAAGAGGCUGCUCAGCAGGAGGUUGUCGCAAUUAUCCAGACACCUUUUGGACCAAUCCUCAGUAUCGUUUGAAGCUUCUGGAGGAAGACGAUGAUCCUGAAGAUUCUGAGAUUCUCUGCAGCUUCCUGGUUGCACUAAUGCAGAAAAACAGAAGGAAAGAACGCAAAUUGGGAGCCAACCUCUACACAAUUGGCUUUGCCAUCUACGAGGUGCCACAAGAGAUGCAGGGCAACAAGAAGCAUUUACAAAAGGAUUUUUUCCUCUAUAAUGCCUCCAAAGCUAGGAGUAAGACAUAUGUAAACAUGCGAGAAAUCUCUGAACGCUUCCGGCUGCCUCCCAGCGAGUAUGUCAUCAUCCCAUCAACUUAUGAGCCUCACCAGGAAGGAGAGUUCAUCCUGAGGGUGUUCUCAGAGAAAAGAAACCUUUCAGAGGAAGUUGAAAAUCUGAUUGAAGCAGACCGUGCUUCGAAAAAGAAGAAGGUCAAGCCAAUCAUCUUUGUUUCUGACAGAGCAAACAGCAACAAGGAGUUGACUGCUGAUGAAAAGGACAAUCAGAAACCCCCUCCAGUGACUGCUGACAAAGAGAGUGAAGAAGAGAAGCACUUCAGGAAUAUAUUCCGACAGAUUGCUGGGGAUGACAUGGAGAUCAGUGCUGAAGAACUCAGAAAUGUUCUCAAUAAUGUUCUAAAAAAACACAAAAAUUUGAAGACAGAAGGAUUCGCACUGGAGUCCUGUCGCAGUAUGAUUGCUUUGAUGGAUACAGAUGGUUCAGGAAAGAUAAACUUUGAUGAGUUUCGACACCUCUGGGAUAAGAUUAAAAGCUGGCAGAAGAUUUUCAAAAAUUAUGACAUGGACCAUUCUGGCACCAUUAACAGCUAUGAGAUGCGUAACGCAGUCAGGGAUGCAGGAUUCCGCCUAAACAAUCAACUCUACGACAUCAUCACAAUGCGCUAUGCUGACAAGAACAUGAACAUUGACUUUGACAGCUUUAUCUGCUGCUUUGUGCGCCUGGAAGGAAUGUUCAGAGCAUUCCAUGCUUUUGAUAAAGAUGGAGAUGGCAUCAUUAAACUCAAUGUCUUGGAGUGGCUGCAGCUCACCAUGUACGCUUAACAUCAAAUGGCUGGCCUCCCUCUCUUCAGCUGUGAAUGCUCCCCAAAAUACUCAGGAUUUGUUAGAAGCAACUGUAUGAACAAGAAACUCCCAAGGCAUCUGUCUCACUUGAUGAUAACUAGAGCAAGGAGGCUCCAGAAUAUGCAAGUUGCUGUGGCAAGUAGUAGGAGGGAUAAUGUAGGAACAAGCAGAAAUAUCUUUCCAAGACUUUGUUAUGGAUAUCUAAUUUUACCAAUAAAGGUUAACUUAUUGAUGACUGAAAUCUUUUCCUUCCUCUCCAUAACUAGUAAUCCUAGGCUGACAAAGUCUGCAGCAAGACUGGGUCUAUAGCUGAACUCAAAGUCAUAGCUGUCACUGCUAUCUUUUUACUCAUCAAAAAUUAGUCUUUGGCUCUUCUGCUCCAAUUCUGAUUUAAGCAUUAUUACUGGUACUUCUUUACAACUUCCUCCUUGACAAUAACUCACAGACUGACCGUACUUUAAACUUUCAGUGCGAUGCACAGUAUUGUAUUUAUGAGAGGUCACAGUGGAGCUAUGUUGAAAUCUGUACAAAAGUGUAAGUAAGCUAGACCUCUGCUGAAAUUUUUGUUGUAUCAGUUCUAGUUACUAUAUGUUCUUCAACACAAACCUAUGCAAGCCCAAACCAGUCUCAGCUUUAGCACUGAUUUGAUGUACAGAAAGGAAAGUUAGGGAUUUGAAGAUCUUUUUUAAAAAGGGCAUAUUUAAGCAAUUGCUUGCCACCAGCUUGUGCUGCAAUCUGGAGAUCUUCCUUCUCAGUACUUUGGCUUCCUGCUGCUGAUUAAGAUGCAAGAGAAAAACAAGCAUAUUGAACUAUCCUCAAGCACCCCUCUAAAACAAUGAGAUGAGAAAACAUUAAGCUUACAGCAAUACCCAUCCAGAUGGAUUAUUGACAGCAUGCCUAAAACAGAUAUAAAAGAAAAUAUCACUUCCUGCAAGAGUACUGUAAACUCAGUUUUGCCUUUUAUUGUCUUAGAAGGUGAUUCCCAGACUAUUAACUAAUUACAAGAAUCAUAAGCACUUUAAUUCAUUGCAACUAUUUUGAGGAAUUUGUAUUAUUGUAAUUUGGAUUAAAAAAUAAAUUGUACAUGUGCACUCUAAAAAAAAUA